AUGCCGUCUAAAAACGAUGUGGAACAAUUUGUGGAGCAAUUGAUAGCAUAUGGUUUCGAGCAAACAGCGCCAGCAUCGGAAAUUGAACAAGGAAAGAAAAAUUAUAACAAACUAUCCUCGGAAAAACAACAGGAAGCAUAUGACGGUUUAAAACCUCACUGCGAUAAAUAUUUCAAAACGGACAACUACAAAAAUGGCAAAAAGGACAGCUAUGGUUAUGGAAUAUGUUGUGAUAUUUUAGGAAUGUGCGGCAUGUCGGGCUGGCUCAUCUUCCUGAUCAUUCUGAUCGUUCUUCUGUGUCUUGCCGGUGCAGCUGCUGCCUUCUGGUUCUUCUACUACAAAAGAAAGAUGGGCGGUCGUGAUGAAGAGAAGGAGAUCGAGUCGACUGCCAACACUGCCAAUACUCAACAUGAUAUCUCCGUGGAGACUUAUUGA